AUGUCAGAUAUAGAAUAUCUUCGCAGCCUUAUCAAAGCCAUACCAGAUUUCCCUCAAGAAGGUAUCUUAUUUCGAGAUAUCUUUCCAAUUUUUCAAGACCCAAAAGCAAUUGAGAUGCUUGUAAGUCAUAUUGUAGAUCAUAUUAAUACAACUAUUAAAGAAAAGGUUGAUGUUAUUGUUGGUCUUGAUGCACGAGGAUUCUUAUUUGGGCCAAUGGUUGCAUUAAGGUUAAAUACUGCUUUUGUACCUUCUAGAAAGAAAGGAAAGUUACCGGGAAAAACAUUGAGUGCUGAUUUUAAGAAGGAGUACGGUGUGGACACAUUUGAGAUGCAAGAGGGCGCAAUUAAACCUGGUCAGAAUGUAAUUAUUGUGGAUGAUCUAAUCGCUACAGGAGGUACAGCCGCGGCAGCUGGACAACUUGUGGAAAAAAGCGGUGGAAAACUUUUAGAAUACAUUUUUUUGAUCGAAUUGGCAGAUCUGAAUG